GUGAAUUUGUGAUCAUAUCCGUGACUACUGAAGUACAUAGCAGCCAAGUACAAAAUACCCGGUAUAAAAGACCUCGACGGGAUAUUACCACAACGUCAACCCUCAACGUCGAAGACGCAGACGUCCAGCCUGAGCUGUCAUUCUACACGACUCGAGUCUCGACCUCUACCGGCAUCACAGGACACCCCCGAUCAUCCUACUCAACCAUUCUAUGUAUGCAUCUGGUCUCGAAACUCGUGAAAGCAUGAACUAGCCACCCUGUAAAAGUACUGAGACAUUACAAAGCAGAGGGCCCAUGUCUCGGAGACAUAGCGGGACGGGAGGGCAUCGCGAGCACGAUGGCCUGGAGCAACGGGUUUCCGAGCUGAUUCCACUGAAGCAAAAUCUGGCACACGCAAUUGAAAACGAACCGAACAACCACCGGUUACUCACUCCUGACGCUUUGCCCAAGGAACUUGAUGCUCUGUCGUUUGUAGGACAGUUCAGGACACGGACAAGGUAGUGUCCCGAG